GCUGUCGUGGCACCAGGCCGCACGUGCGCCUUGGGGACCAGAGUGACUCAGCUUCCUGCGGUUUGGGGGCCUCAUGGGAGAUAUGCAAAUGAGCUGGAGCAUCAUGGGCGUUGGGCCUUUAUAAGGCCGCGUUGUUCACCCGCAGAGAGCAGAGAGCACUGGUCCUGCAUCCAUUACCUGGCCACCUACCUGGCAGCUCGGUCAGGGAGCUCGCCAGACAUUGUAGCCAGUGUGAAGCUGAGGAACUUUCUGGAAGCUCAGGCCUGCCUGCUUCUCCUGAGAGCGUCUAUGGUCCUGUUGACCUGACCUCCAGAGACCCAUCGAGCAAGUCUUCCUCUGUGUGUCCACUUAGCUGCAGAGAGACUUUCUAGCCAUGUGUCCCCCAGUCAGUGUUCGCCAUGGGGCCAGGGGCAUGUCCUGCCUCUAUCGAGCCUGGCUGUACCAGCUUGUCCAUGGAGAACAGAUGAAGAUCUGCUUUGCUUGCUUCAAGGCAGCUUUCCUGGUCGUUAAGAACAUGCUGGAGAUGGGGGACUGGGAAGAGGAAGUGUGGGAUUCUGAACCCAUGGAGCUCUCAGAGACAGGGUCUGAGCCGGAGGAAUGGCCCGGGCUUAGCUGGGGAGAGGGCCAAGGUCAUCUGCCACAUGGCAUCUCUGUCUCGGCAGGUUCUGGGGCUGUGGCACCAGGUCUUGUAGGGGCAGAGGGGAUAGGGCUGGGACCCCAGCCUGUGCCCACUGAGCUGGGGCCUCAGGAAGCUGUACCCCUGGAUCUGGGUCCUGAGGAUGCUGAGUGGACCCAGGCCCUUCCCUGGAGAUUUGAUGGCCUUUCUCCCUGCUCCCACUGGCUCAUCCCUCCUCUGUCCUGGUGGGAUAUUUUCAAUGUAAGCCCAUCUCCUGGGCAACCUAUAUUAUUGGAGUUGAGCCCCACCUGGCCCAUGGACCCGUUGGAAGCAGAAGCUUGGUUGGUAGAUCUGAAGUUCGUUUUCCUUUUGGGUGGCUUUGAUGCCAUCUGCUACAUGCUGUCAAUGACUCCCUGCUGGGCCGUGAGAACCCGUGUCCAGCGCUGGCAGGUGUUGCUGGACCCAGGUGAGGUGAGAGUGGCCCAGCUGCAGAAUGCACCUGAACAGCAGGACCUGCACCGCUGGAAGCUAAGCAUCCUGGAGUCCUCAGAGCUGGGGGUGGAGCUGGUGCCUGCUGACUGCAGCCUGCGGAAGGGAGGCUUCAAGGUUCACUCUUACUUGCCCUGGCACAAUAGCACCCCAGAGGCCUGGAGCAGGGAGCCGGGGGAGAGGCUCCUUGUCACAGAAGUUGUAUCUCUGAGGGAGUUGCCCUGCUUCCGUUCCCCCUCCCCUGAUCCACACGACUAAGGGACUGAUGCUUUUACCACCCCCCAGGACCUGUGAAGAGCCUCUCAGCCACAGGUUCUGGAAAAUAUCCAUCAUCUUGAGGGGAGGGUCUGGAUCAGCCUGGGGUUGAGGCCUCAAGGAAUCCUAGUUUAGUUGUCCUUAGUUGACUGUUCAGUGUUUGGAAGAAUAGGCCCAGCUUUGUGUGCAGGGGGAAGGCUGUUAUGUAUUAUGGGGAUGGGCCACUGGUCCUUCCCCAGUUCUGCCCUAGUUCAGGUGGGGACACUAGAAGUGUGCCACCAAGUCAGGUUGGUUGACCCCUGUAUUCUGCGCUUGGCUCUUUCUGAGGGGCUGUGAGUCCUGGAUUCAGAAUUGACUGCUUGUGCUGCUUGUUCAGUUCCUGCCCUGUGCAUGUUUCUGUUUUAAUAAAGUUAUCAGUUUUCAUAG